AAUACAAUAUAAAUGGCAAAGUUGUAAUGGAAAAGGGAUCUUGGAAUGAAUACCGUAGGGAUGUGCAGAAUCGAAAAACACGGCGAUAUCGCACUGAACCCGGUGGAAAAAAAACAAGGCAAUUUUUUAUUUUUUCACAAAACAUGGCGAUGCAUCGCGGCUCUCGUGCGCCGAAAGAACCGCUGCUGAAAGAGACAUUUCUAUUUAUUAGCAGUAGCACGAUGUGGAUACACUCAACAUUUGAUAUAGUCAUUUUGCUGAUUAUCUUACUACUGAAGAAGAGACUAUACCGACCAGUGGAUACUGCCGAUAAGUUACACGAACAGACGAAAUCCUGUUUUAGUACAUCGAAGUCCACAUUGAAGGGGACGACCGAAGCAGCGCGCACUGUCGUAGGAAUCGUGUUACCACGCAGUGGCUGUACAAAUACAGUUAAUUAAUUAUCCGGAUUAGCUAGAGUUGGCUAUCCAACGACGACCUUUGUGGUCCCUUAAAGGGCCUUACCUGUAAACGCAUGAUGCUACUCAGGACUAUAUACGGAAGCUGUACUGUGUUUCACGGUUAAACUUCACGACAUGUAAGUUAACAAACAACAAGACAUAGAUUCCACUUUAUUAUCCACCUACUUCGUCUGUUAACCAUUGCAAUUGGUGUGCCUUCACCUAUAAUUUAGAUCGUCCUGAUUUGUAGAAUGCUUCUUUUCUUAGGAAUGACAGACUGCUUGCUACGCAGUAAUUAAGCAACCUUAAUGCUUCACCAAAUGGAUGCUAUGUAUCACGAGGAAAUGGCCUUAGCAGGAAAAUAUGCGACGGCGGCUAAAAGCAUUAGAGAACGAACGUCGAAUUGACUAGAUCUUGCCAUCAGCUAUAGAAAAAGGUUCGCUUGCAGUAUUUUGUCUGGCAAAUUUUCACAGUAACGAACAGAUCACGACUGAGAAAAUUUGUUUUAAUUUAAAUAUGAAUCGAGGUAGGUUCCACUCUCAGUCAGUUCAGCUCGCCUAGGUAUCAUCACCAACCAACCUACGCGCUCGAAAAGAAUCUAACCACGAAACGAUAUACACGUACUGGGUAGUAAUCAUGUACUAUUAUGCUGCCAUCGUAUGCUUCCAUAUUUUGGUCCCAGGGCUAGCCCUGAGGACACUUUCAAAUAGGCUCUGCCUCCCAAGAACACAGGACGAGCAUAGUGAAAUGUUCGACAAAUGAAUAUUCUCAAAAUACUUGUUAACCUGUGAAAGGCGCCCGAACGCUACAAUUGUGGCCUAUUGCCCAGACUUGAAGACGCGGCAUGAACACCCCUAUUACCCAAUAGUCUUGCUGAUUUCUUGCGCGCUUGAGAGUAUCGGAGGUUAUCGAAUAUUUGAUAGCUUCUGAUAAGAAAGCAUCAAUGCAAACGCAAUUAAACGUCUGUUCCUGGGCAGCGUUCGAGCUUCAGUAACGUCCACCUUUUCUGUCAACAUAUCGAGUAGCAACAGCUGCUUCGGACGACAAAACCAGACUUGUUGCUAUAUUAAGCAAUACAUGAUUUUACCUAAGCUGAACGCUGUUUGGUUACAGAGCAUAUGCGCAGGCGAUGACCAAUACCGUCUAGUAGUACUCGACUGGGCUAUGUAAUAAUGCAGCUGGUUCCUUUUCGACAUUUAUUCGCGUUAUACAGGCACUCGAAACAGAAAAUAUCCAUGUUCACUAUCCCGAAAAAACCGCUGAACGGGUCCAAGCCACGCAUAAUUUAAAAUUGGACAAAUUAACAACAACAACAAUGUUAUUAAUUACGCUAUGCAAUUGUACAUAGUGUAGCAAAGGACUAUUGUAUGGUAGUAAUAAUAACAAGUUUAUCCGACUAAGAUUUAAUUUCUUUAUCUACAUUAUAAUAUCGACAGAGGCAGCAGCAGUAUUUUUUAUUGACGAAGUAUCAGUAUUUGGAUAUAUAAGCAAUAUAAGACUCCGGCGACUGGUCGUACUCGGUCACGGUAAAACACAGCAUCCGUUGCAGUUCUCUCAUAAUUAUAGAUUAUGGGUUGUUUACCGUCACGGUUCAAGUGGCCUGAUUUCUUCUGUGCUGUUAUUUAUGCUGUACCUGUAUUUAUAUACUUCUACAAAACAAUUAGCUUAUUUUCACAUAAGAUUCGUUAUAUAUUUAGUAGCAAUAAAAGAGAUGGAUAUACAUUGCACUUCUACUAUUUGUUACAUUUUCGUUGCGUCGACAAUAUAUAUUUAUAUAUAAUAUGCUUCUGUAUCCCCACGCCAUGUUUUGAGAUUCGUUGACGUCCAAUAUACCUGCCGCCAUUUCAGCAGAAGCGAAAAUAGAAACCGUCUCUCGACGUGCGAUGAGUCUCGCUUCUUCACGCAAAAGGAAAUACCCACAUGGAAUCAUCCUCACCAUCAUCACCAUUAGGAUAAUCAUACCAAUAUAUUAAAAUUACUGAAA